GCAGGGUUUUGAGGUGCUCGAAGAUGGGUGUUAGAGCUAGCUCGAAGCAUCUAGCACGCCCACCCCAUCUUACCCAGGCUCAGAAAAGUAACCUAAGAUUCGAGCUCAGGCCCACCCCGAGGCUGAUGACGAAGUCUGCCCGGAAAGGGAAGUUAGGGGAAGCACUGGGGCUCUUGGAACAAGACAGCAGGACCAGCUUCAGGAGCCAAGGUGUGGGGCGAGGAAGCUCUUGGGUCCCCCUGGGAGUGAGGGUGGAGGACUAGAGGUCCAGAUGGCCGGAUCUCUCUGAAGGGGAAGGGCCCCUUGUAGGUAUGGAGACUCCUCAGGCAAGUUUCAGGGACGGGACUCGGCCGGCAAUAGAGGCAGGAAGUGGGGCCAGAGCUCAAUUCUGGGGGUUGGAGAGGGCUGGAGGCUGGGGCCCCAGAGGGAUUCUGAGCUGGGAAUUAAAGCCUGGAUUUUGAGGAGGGGGUAGAGCAAAGACUUUAAGAACAGAACGCCCGAGUGUCUGGGCAAGUGAAAUGAGGUUCCUGCGGGGGGGAAGAAACAAACGGUCUUGUUCCUCUGGCUGGCCAACUACCAGCUAGUGGGAGGGUGGAACUCUGCUGAGGUUUUCUCAGGAAGCCCUAAAUUAAACUUGCAUGGGGGUGGGGAUGCCACCUUGCCCACAGGCCCUGCCCUUCUCCAUGCGGCUCCACCUUCUACUCUGGGGGUCCACACUUGUGUCCUGGGCCUUGGGGGCCGUGCCAAUGUCCAGAUACUGCGGCCAUCUGGAGUACUGGGAUCAGGACUCUGGAUGCUGCAGACGCUGCCUAGAGCGCUUUGGCCCCCCCAGCUGCCAGGACUUGGAGUUCAGCCUGCAUUGUGGAAUCACAGACCGGGGGGACCGCCUGGUUUUGCCCUUUACUCUGUGCCCACCGGGGCUAUGCAACAAGGAGUGGGCGGAGCGGUGCAGUCCAUGCCAGGAGCUCCCUCAGCCCCAGUCUGGGGCCACAGUGCAGCCCCCAGAGGCCAGGGAUGGCCGUCACCGAGCCCUCUGUGCUAAGGUGCCCAUACCCCCCCGGAGACCGUGCCAGGCAGACAGAACAGCGCCAGAGCAGUCCUUGCCCCCAGCAGGCCCCGGGAAUGGCUCCGAGGGGCUCUCUACGCCCGCCAGGUCCCUGGUGACUCACCCACCUGACUGGAGCCCGGUCUGGCACGUGGUGGGCAUCACCGCCCUGCUCCUGAUGGGAGGCCUGCUCGUUUCGGCCGUCUUGCAGAUGUUCCUAGGAAGGGCUGAGCGCAGGGGGAAGGUGGCAGGAGCCAGGGAAGCCUGCGAGUUCUCCCCGCUGGGCCAGGGGUCAGUGCCCGCCUCUUUGGCAUGCCAGCCCCUCUCACGCCUUCUGGAUGAGCUUGAGGUUCUAGAAGAGCUGGUCAUCCUGCUGGACCCCGAGCCUGGGCCCUGUGGAGGCUCUGCCUGGGGAACUACCCGGCACCUGGCCGCCCGCUACGGUCUCCCCGCCUCCUGGGCCACUUUCGCCUACUCCUUGCGGCCUGCACGGUCCCCGCUUCGGGCCCUGCUGGAGACCGUGACGGCUCGGGACCCCGCCGCCCAGCUGGGUCAACUGGCUGAGCACCUGGGCCAGCUGGGGCGCGGUGAUGCCCUGGGCGUGCUGUGCAAGCUUAAGUGAGGCUGUUGGGUCAGCGCCCCCCAGGCCUCCUCCCUCUGCCUGCUCAGGGGGCUUCCUGCCUCAGUGUCCCAACAAGGAAUAAAUCUUGCUUUUUCCCCACGCGUGGCCUCCCAUAUGGUCAUUGGACCCGGGGCUAAAAGCAGCCAUGCUGCUUGCUGUGGGGGUGGGGGUGUCGCCCAGUGGCCCUGGCACAUCGGGACGGGAGGGCACCCGGGUCGUCGCCCGCCAUUUGAUUCCUUUCUGGUGUGUCUA